AUGAGUUGUAUAGGAGCCCAUUUAUUCGAUCUGAUCUCUAUUUAUUAUAGGAGGUCAAUUCAAGCAGACAUCAACGCAAUUAAAAGGCACAUAGAUUCUGGCAGGGAAUAUUGCUCACUUCCGAUAAUUGUGUCAGAGGCAAUCAAAAAUUUAUGGAGAGAUCCAGCAGUGCGUGUGGCUUAUGAAAGGCGGUGUGAUUAUCAUAUACAAGACAGCGCUUCAUAUUUCUUCGACAACAUCGACAGGAUAGCAGCAAAAGAUUACAGACCUACUUGUCGAGAUGUUCUACUAACCAGAGUUGCUACAACUGGCGUAGUUAAAUUGCAAUUUAUGUUUAAAAGUAUUGAAUUCAAUGUCUACGAUGUAGGAGGUCAACGCUCAGAAAGGCGUAAAUGGAUACACGUAUUUGAUGAUGUUAAUGCUAUUAUUUUUGUUGCGGCAAUUAGUGAAUAUGAUCAACGGGUUAGGGAGGAUAACAGAACGGUAAACAAAAUAAAACUCAAAAAUUAAC